UCCACUUAUUUUUUUCAUAUUACUCAAUUAGCCCAAAUUAUUAUACUUUGGUCAAAAUAAACCUUUAACACUUAGACCUAGCGACCCACUGCACUACGCACCUUUCUUCUAUUCCUAAUUGAAAGUCAUCGAUCAGCAAGAACGUAACCCUAGAUAGAGUUAGAGACCCACUUCCCUCUAUCCUUGAAACCCAUCGAUCUCUAAGAAUCCUGGAGCGAUGUUGAUUCUCUGCUAAGCAAGUUCACGUCACUGUUGAAUUGAAAGCUUCGAAGAACAGGGACGCCUCUAGAUCGUCUGGUCUGCGAAGAAUAGGGACGGCUCUCGAUCGUCUGGUCUGCGAAGAACAAGGACGGCUCUCGAUCGUCUGGUCUGCGAAGAACAUCACGACGCGGCUCUCCUCUUUUGCGGCCAAAAGUGAAAAAGUGAAGGAGAGAAGGAAGAAGAACAUGUACAAUCACCGGUUGGGGUCCGGUGGUUAUGCAGGGCUGCUAAGGAAGAAGGCUUAUUCUCUACAUCCUUAAAUAAUCAUUUGCAAUCUAGAGUUUUAUUUCUUAUUAUUUAUUUUCAAGUCUCGUGAUUUUUUUAUGCUUACUUAAAAAUCAUGGUUAAUGAUUUAUUUAUUUCACUACUUGCUUGAAUUACUCUUUUGUUUGUGUUUGAUUUGAUAGAAAAAAAGAGCUUGGAGGUAUGCUGAAAGAUAUCGAUCGUGCGGAUACAUGGCUUUUGGGAAGAAAGAAAAAAAAUGGAGAAUAUGAUUGAUGGAGUAUAUGGCCCGGGAACCCCCGGCCCACAGACUCCUACUACUCCAGCAAAGGCCCAACAGGCCCAAUUCACAGCGCCCGGAGUACCAAGCAGUCCGCACAACGCACAGGGAUGCCUUCGGCCCCCUGGCCGAAGGCUCCAAAUCCUCACAGAACGGGUUUCUCAAGCAAACUAAGAAACUGGGAGAAAACGGCGAAAACAGCAGCCCUCGGCACUGUGAGCCCUCGGCACCAGGGGUUCCAUCGGGAGGAAGAGCCCUCGGCUACUGCUCUAUAGCCGAAGGCAUCUCACUCGACAAGAUAUCCGCCUCACAUGCGUACAGAUCACCGUAUUCUGCACAGACGUCCCAUCCAACAGCCGCAUUAAAUGCGGCCACAUGCGGCUGCCAGCGCCAACCAGUUGAGGUGACCCCUCGGCCAAUGAGCGCUUGACACGUGUCCCUGCCCGGCAUUUAUUGCUGCUAUAAAUAGCACCCCAUUUCCUCAUUUGUAACCACGCUGAAAAGUGAUAACACGCUUAAUACAUAUCGAAUAUACACUCUCUCUCUUACUUAUUUGCUCUGACUUCUCUCUAGUUAUUCUCCGCAAUAACCCUUCGGAUAUAUACCCCCGGGUAGACUAUCCAUCAUUUGGUGCUCUCGUUGAGAGGUCGAACGAUCAAGUAAGAAACCCUCCCCCCUCGCCAGACACUAGCCCUCGACCAAAAUGGUGAGAACAACACGUGCCAACUCCAAAAACGUAGAAGACAAGAACCUGGCCCUCGGCGACGUCAACGCCCCCGAAGCCUCUCACAAGGCUCCCGAGGUCGGUGUCAUCGCUGGGCUGGAACAGGCGGCUGUCGACCUACGCCUUCAGAUCCAGCAGAAUAACCCCGAUGCCCGCCUCGGCCUCGAGGCCAAGAAGAAAAACCGGAGCGAUGACCAAGUCAGCCCUCCGGUUCUCACCAUCGACGUACAAUCGGCGCUCUCCGCCUUCAUCCAGACGCUCACCCAGAACCCGGGUGCCUUCGGCACCCUGGCUCCAGCUCACCCUCAGAUCGGGGAAAAUAUCAUACUUCCCCCUCUGCCACACCCCUUCGGAAAUCCCAUCCCUCGGGUGAGAAACGAUGAAGGGGUGGUGGCCCAAGAAACAUCCUCCCAGGAAGUUCAGUCCCGGGACCGCCAUAAUGACAACAGGGAGAGGCCCCGUACUUCCGCCCUCAACCGGCUCGGAG